GAUCCUCCUGACCCUCCCGACAUGUUCGGUGAAUCAGAUCUGUCGUCUCUCCCUUGUCUCUGUUUCACACUAACAGCUGCAAGGUCUCAUCUGUUUAAUUGUACGAUAACAGCUUGCUCAGUCUGUUUGUUGCUCGUACCUCUUAGAGUGAAGCUUGUUAGGCAUCUGCUUCUCCCUACUGCCGGUUGCAGAUCUUGGAUCUAUGAUUUUGUCUGGGGAAACGAUUUCUCCAUGUUCUUGAGCUUAUUUUCGAAAGGUAUACUACUACUCAGAAAGAUAGGAGAUGGAUUCAAAAAAUCCAACCUUGGCUCUUUACUUUCAGACUUGUUUGUCUGUCCGUGGUGGUUCUUGCAACUCCACACCCUUUUAUGGUUGAGGAUCUCCUCACAAUUCCAAGGCUCAUCAAAAAGAUGCAUGAUCACCUUUGUAGCCAAGCUUCUUGCUGCUUUCUAUGCAUUUGUUGCGGCAGCAUGUUCGGGUAGCAGCUCACCGAGUGUGGCUUCUGAUUCCCGUGGCGUCAUCUCACCGAUUAGCACUAGGGGUUCACUCUUAAGUUGCUUGUGUGUUAUGUUUGCUUAUAUCUAUGUUUAUGUUACCUGCUUUGCAUGUGAUGCAGCAGUUUCUUUAGCUAGUCUAGCUCUGUUAUAUUACAUGUUGAACGAUUACUCUUUUGAUGGAGUCUAAGCUUAGUUU